CAACAGCUGAACUCAUAGAUUCUGAUGGAAGAAGGCUUCAAAUUCAGCUGAAGAAUCUAAGUCUAUGUGAAUUCUUUUCUUGUUCGAUCCUCUUCUUGUUUGACAAAAAGUAAACAAUGUCUGAUUUGAUAUGAUUCAAGAAUCAACAAAAACAACUCUCUACCCUGCAUAAGGACUAAAAUCGGCUUUGCCAUGAACGGAGUUAGAGGCCGGAGAAAGAGUGUCGGAGAUGAGGGAGGAGGGAGAAGAAUUGAACUAGUUGAUGUACGGCCCAAGUGGCUAACAGACAACAUUCCAGCACAGGUUUUGAAGGACAUCGUGCCCAAGUCUUCCGAUUCUUACAUCAAAAUAGACAAGAUAGGCGCGGGAACGUACAGCAACGUGUACAAGGCGAGGGACAGGGCGACAGGGGAGACGGUGGCCUUGAAGAAGGUCCAGUUCGACACCUCAGAAGCCGAGAGCAUCAAGUUCAUGGCGCGAGAGAUCAGGUUCUUGCAGAGGCUGGAUCACCCCAACAUCAUAAAGCUCAAGGGAUUAGCCACAUCAAGAAUGCAGUUCAGUAUUUACUUGGUUUUCGAAUACAUGCACUCCGAUCUCUCGAGAAUCCUGUCUAGGCCGGACGAGAGGCUAACGGAAUCGCAGAUCAAAUGCUACAUGCAGCAGCUGCUUUCCUGCCUUCGCCACUGCCACGAGCGCGGUGUGCUGCACAGAGACAUUAAGCCCUCGAAUCUACUAAUAGACAAGAACGGCACAGUCAAGCUUGCAGAUUUUGGGCUGGCGAAUUUGAUCGAUCCGAAGAGAAGAAAACGGCCUCUGACCAGCUGUGUCGCGACGCUAUGGUACAGAGCUCCAGAGCUGCUUCUCGGCUCCACAGAUUACGGAGUUGGCAUUGAUCUCUGGAGCGUUGGUUGCCUCAUGGCGGAGAUGUUUGCCGGUAGACCAAUUCUGCCUGGUAGUACUGAGGCUGAGCAAGUUCACAUAAUCUUCAAGCUGUGUGGCACUCCACCAGAUGAAUAUUUCAAAGGACUGAAGCUCUCCACAUCUCUAAUAAACCCUGCAAAGACCUACAAAUCCAGCCUUGCUGAGAAGUGCAGGAACUUCCCUUCUUCUGCUAUGGCACUUUAACCAUUCGCUCUCCAUCCGUCCCUUCGUGGCUCUGCAGCUUCUGCUCUCGACAACGAGGUUUUCUGCAAAAUUUGGUUUUCUAUAUCUAUCUCUGAAUCUUUGAACUGAUUCAUCCAUAGUUUGUUUUUGUGGUAGCAGUUCUUUCAGAGUAGUCCUUUGGCAUGCGGACCACCCUCUGGCUUGCCGGAUACCGAGCUGAGGACAAGGAUCAAGUCCCAAUAAACGAGAGGCGAACGUGAGUAUGCUUGAGCUUGAUGAAGGGAUUUUAAUGUUGAUUAAUUUGUGAUAAUUUGACAGGCAUAGGAGUAGUAGAGUAAGGCGAUCACAGAAUGAAGAAGAAAAAGGGAGAUGAUGAUAAGGAUGAGUAGUUGCCUCUUGUCGCUAUUUCAAGAUCGAACGAAUACUGCUAGGCUGCUAGCUAGAAACAUCGGGAAUCUACCUCCGUUGGCCAGUGCUAAGAUACGUACGAUCAACUAAAGCCUAGUGUCACUAAUCAUCCAUGUAUUGGAGAUUGGAUCAUUUAGAAUUCUUGAACGAUAAAUAUAUCUCAGUCAAAUCUAUUACACCUUAUCCCAUAGAGGUAUGAUCAAAUACAAACCCCUAUCUAUAAUACAAACUACAAACUUUAAUUCUACACACUCUAAUCAGCGGUUAGCAAUGUGAUU